AUGAAGGGAUUUGGUCGCUGUCACGCAUUCAUUGUACUGCUUAUUCUUUUGAUCAUUGGGAUAGAUGAGAGUGAAGAAGUCGUUGUCGAAUUCGUAGAAAGGGAUGGUGACACUUUAAGCAAUACCACCACCGUGGAUGUUACAAAUCCAGCAGACUGCAAUAAUGUUUUCAGUAUUAACGUGACAGAAACGGGAACAUUCAAUCUAUCUAUAGCUACUGGCAAUACAGAUGAUGCCUUUAUCAUUGACUUCGAUACAGUGAUACCAACACUACAGUGUAAUAUGACAACUAUAAGAACAAAUGGGGAAACAUCGUACAGCUUGUCAAUUAAUGUCACCGAUGAUGUCGACUCAACCCUAGACACCAAAACUGUUACCGUGACUGUUGUAAACCUCGUUAUAACAAAUAUAGAAUCGUCUUGUUCCUCUGAUGCUGACUGUCAGAUCACUUUACACACACCACCGUAUGUUUGUGAUAACUCAAUGUGUAAAUUUGGAGUAAAAGGAGGAAAUUGCACAGCCAUUGCAAACUCCUGCCUAACAAAUGGUCAAUGUACGUCAGAUGCAUGUGAAUGUGUUGACGGCUUUGACCCUGAUGAUAACAAAUGUUACGAGUUAGAACUAUCAAGCCCAAGUAACGGUAGCAUCAUAGAAAUCUGCGAGUCAACAGAAAUAAAUGAAGUGAUUGCUAAUCUUUCCGCUAGUUUCGCUCCAACGAGUACGGAAUUCGUUUUCAACAUUACUGACCCGUCGAAUACAUUCACGACAGCAGAGGCCACAAUUAUUGUUGUUUCGGAUUUAGACGUUGACGUUGAAACACCCGUAAUUUCCUACGUACUUAUAAUCGAACUUAUGCAUCCAAACAGUUCCCGAACAGUUUCUACAACAAUCACCAUCAGUGUUGCGGAUGAUAAUGACAAUACACCUAAAUUUGAUAAUAGCAGCUACACGUUCGACAUAAGUGAAAAGUCUACAGCAUCAACUGUCGUUGGAACGAUAUUUGCUACGGAUAAAGACAGCACGUCACCAAAUAACAUGAUCGCUAACUACACAGUUAUUGGAACCAAUGCAUUUGAAAUCACCUCGGACGGGGUCUUGAGGGUUUCAUCUGGUGCAUCGUUAAAUUACACUACGACGCCAAUUGACACAUUUCUGGUCACGGCAACUGAUGGCGCGGGGGAAGAUACGGAGCUUUCGACAAAUGUGUCCGUUUCUGUCAACAUAAGACCAGAUAUAGGAUCUUUGUGUUCAACCGAUGACAACUGUGCUGAAAUUCUCUUUCCUGACCCACCUUUUGUUUGUGAUGACUCUGAGUGCAAAUUAGGAGUUGGAGGAAAUUGCACAUCCAUUUCAAACUCCUGCCUAACAAACGGUCAAUGUACGUCAGAUGCUUGUGAAUGUGUUGACGGCUUUGACCCUGUUGAUAACAAAUGUUACGAGUUGAUACUGUCAAGCCCGAGUAACGGUAGCGUUAUAGAAAUCUGCGAGUCAACAGAAAUAAAUGAAGUGAUUGCUAAUCUUUCCGCUAGUUUCGCUCCAACGAGUACGGAAUUCGUUUUCAACAUUACUGACCCGUCGAAUACAUUCACGACAGCAGAGGCCACAAUUAUUGUUGUUUCGGAUUUAGACGUUGUCGUUGAAACACCCGUAACUUCCUACGUACUUAUAAUCGAACUUAUGCAUCCAAACAGUUCCCGAACAGUUUCUACAACAAUCACCAUCAGUGUUGCGGAUGAUAAUGACAAUACACCUAAAUAUGAUAAUAGCAGCUACACGUUCGACAUAAGUGAAAAGUCUACAGCAUCAACUGUCGUUGGAACGAUAUUUGCUACGGAUAAAGACAGCACGUCACCAAAUAACAUGAUCGCUAACUACACAGUUAUUGGAACCAAUGCAUUUGAAAUCACCUCGGACGGGGUCUUGAGGGUUUCAUCUGGUGCAUCGUUAAAUUACACUACGACGCCAAUUGACACAUUUCUGGUCAUGGCAACUGAUGGCGCGGGGGAAGAUAUGGAGCUUUCGACUAAUGUGUCCGUUUCUGUCAACAUAAGACCAGAUAUAGGAUCUUUGUGUUCAACCGAUGACAACUGUGCUGAAAUUCUCUUUCCUGACCCACCUUUUGUUUGUGAUGACUCUGAGUGCAAAUUAGGAAGCUAA